AUGGCAGAUAAGAAACCUGUUCACCCUCCCCCACCUGGCCUUUGUUCAGACUCACCUGUGAUCACCUGUGAUCUCUGUCAGCCUGUAGAGGGCAGUGACAGCUACUGGGUGAGCCUGAGGCAUGAUGGUCUGGUGUGGCGGUGGCUCAAUGGCAGCAGCAGUGUGAUUUACAUUCCCUAUACUCCCAACUCAAGUGGAGCCUUUAGUUUCAGUGUGUGCAGGUUCAUAAUUACUGUCUAUUGUUUGGUCUACAACAUGUUUCAGCACCAAAGUCUGGGAGCCAGGAUCAACAUCCGAGUCACCAAGCUGCUGCUGCUCCAUAACCGCCCAGCCAAGCUGAAGGUGAGCCACCACGGGGAGCGCUCCCUGGAGAGCUUCUGUCACUGGCAGUACCAUGAGCUGGGCACUAGGCACCUGGGCACCAACUAUCUGCCCGGGGCAAGGGACGACGUGCCUGUGGAUGCUGCUGUGCUGGUCACCAGAACAGACUUCUGCGUCCACAAAGACGAGCCGUGUGACACUGUGGGUAUUGCCUAUCUGGGAGGGGUCUGCAGCUCCAAGAGGAAGUGUGUUUUGGCCGAGGACAAUGGACUCAACCUGGCCUUCACCAUCGCCCAUGAGCUCGGGCACAACAUGGGGAUGAGCCAUGACGAUGACCAUGCCUCCUGUACUGGACACUCCCACAUCAUGUCAGGAGAAUGGGUCAAAGGUCGCAACCCCAGUGACCUUUCUUGGUCCUCCUGCAGCCGGGACGACUUGGAGAACUUCCUCAGGUCUAAAGCCAGUGCUUGCCUGCUCCACACUGACCCCCGGAGCCGAUACCAGGUGCGGCUCUCUCCCAAACUGCCCGGGAUGCACUACAGUGUGGACGAGCAGUGCCAGAUCCUCUUUGGAACCAAUGCCACUUUCUGCACAGACAUGGAACACCUGAUGUGUGCGGGUCUGUGGUGUAUGGUAGAGGGAGACUCGGCCUGUAAGACCAAAUUGGACCCUCCUCUGGAUGGGACUGAGUGUGGAGUGGACAAGUGGUGCCGAGCAGGGGAGUGUGUCAUUAAGAGCCCCAUCCCUCAGCACAUCGAUGGGGACUGGAGCCCCUGGAGCCAGUGGAGCAUGUGCAGCCGGACCUGUGGCACUGGAGUGCAGUUCAGGCAGAGAAAGUGUGACAACCCCCCUCCCGGUCCUGGGGGCCGACACUGUCAGAAGGCCAGUGUGGAGCAUAAGGCCUGUGAGAGGCCCCCCUGUCCUAAAGGGGCCCCCAGUUUCAGAGACCUGCAGUGUCUGUCCCAUGACCGACAAUUCCCUCUCCUGAAGAGCAGUAUGAUGACAGCCAUAGUAAAUGAUGAGAAGCCCUGCAUGCUGUUCUGUAGUCCAGUGGGGCGCAGUGUUCCAGUGCUAGUGUCGGAGCGGGUGAUGGACGGGACGCCCUGUGGCCCGUACGAGGCUGACCUCUGUGUGAACGGGAGGUGUCAGAAAAUCGGCUGUGACGGCAUCAUCGGCUCUGCUGCUAAGGAGGACCGCUGUGGGGUGUGUAAUGGGGAUGGACGUUUGUGUCGAGUGGUCAGAGGAGACUUCAACCACACCAAAGGAAUGGGGUACAUUGAGGCUGUGGUCAUCCCUGCUGGAGCGCGGAGAAUCAAAGUGGUGGAGGGCAAGCCUUCUCACAGCUUCCUGGCUCUCAAAGACUCAGGGAAGAGGUCCAUCAACAGUGACUGGAAGAUUGAGCUGCCGGGAGAGUUCGAGGUGGCCGGGACCACUGUGCGCUAUGUGAGGAGAGGACUGUGGGAGAAGAUGUCCGCCAAGGGCCCCACCACUCUGCCCCUACACCUCAUGGUGCUGCUGUUCCAUGACCAGAGCUAUGAGAUUCACUACGAGUACACAGUGACCCUGAACGCAUCAGAGGUGAGCGUGGAGCAGAAAGAGCCUGAGCAUCUCUACAUCUGGACCCAUAGCCGCUGGCUGGAUUGCACAGUGCAGUGUGGAGGAGGGGAGCGGAGGACUGUGGUGUCGUGUAUGAGAUUAGCCAAUAAGAGCAUGGAUGUGGUCAGUGACAGCUUCUGCCAACCUGAGAAUAGGCCCCUCCCACAGGUCCGGCCUUGCAACUCUCACCCCUGUCAGUACAGGUGGGUUACUGGCGAGUGGGGGUCCUGCUCUGUCACCUGUGGGAAAGGUCUCCAGCAGAGGGAGGUGGGCUGUGUGUACCAGCUGCAGAACGGCUCUCUCAUCCACACCAGGGACCUGUACUGCCAGAGCGGCAAACCCCCCGGGGUGCAAGCCUGUGAGGGACGGCUCUGCCUGAGCGUGUGGGAGGCCUCCGAGUGGUCCAAGUGUUCGUCGGACUGUGGGGAGGGGGUCCGCAGCAGGACGGUGCUCUGUACAAAUCCCCAGGGCCUCUGUGACCCCCUAUCUCGACCCCCCCAUCAGGAGCCCUGCCAGGACCACUCCCAGUGCUAUGAGUGGAAGACCGGUGACUGGUCAAAGUGCUCGUCCUCCUGUGGGAAAGGCCUUCAGUCCAGAGUGGUCCAGUGCAUGCACCGUGUAACUGGUCGCCACGGUGACGAGUGUUCAGUGGUGCUGAGACUCCCGGCCUACAGACCCUGUCACCUGGACACCUGCAACCAGAAAGUCAAUGUCAACACCAUCACCUCCCCAAGGCUAGCUCUGACAUACAAGUGCAGAGGGGAUCAGUGGGCGGUGUACUGCCGUGUGGUGCGAGAGAAGAACCUGUGCCAGGACAUGAGGUGGUACCAGCGCUGCUGCCAGACCUGUCGGGACUUUUACGCCAACAAGUCCCUGCUCUCCACUGACUGA